AUGUCGAGACGUUUGGCAGCCAACAUAAAAAACGACCACCUCGCAUGCCCAAUUUGCCAGGAGACUUUCACUGAUCCACGUCGAUUACCAUGCGAUCACACUUUCUGCUUUGCUUGCCUGAAGCAACUGAUCAAAGCCUCACGUAAAAACAACACCAUACUAUGUCCUGUUGACCGCAGGGAAACACGAGCACCAUUCGCAAAUGCGUCCGAUUAUCAUUGGGCCGAGUCAUAUCCCAAGGAUGAGCUAGUAUUAUCUCUUCUACACACUGUUCAAGGUGAAGGUGUUGAGUCUACAUCUGGAGUAGAAUGUCGUAAACAUGGGGGAGAAACGUGUGGUUAUUUCUGUUUCGGAUGCUAUGAAUUUGCAUGUUCCGAGUGUGUCUUAGAAAGCCAUAAGCAAGAUGACUGUGACUGCAGAACAUUUAAGAAGAGCAAGGAACUGUCUAAACAACUUUUCAAAGAUCGUAGAACCGAGCUAGACGAACUUCUGAAAACCAUUGACCGGAUGGAAGUACACGGUAAAGUCCAUGAACGAUCCUUAAGGAAUUCUGAAACGCGAGUUUCGGAUAGUCUCCACACGAUAGCAGCACAGAUAGAAAAGUUUCGAGAUUCUACAAUAGCCAAACUGAUCAAUAUGCUCACGCAAAUUGAGAAUGUCAGCGUGACAAAGAAUAAGAUUGACCAGGCAAAAAUGUUAAAGGAAAAGAUUAAAAUCUAUCGGAAACAAAUAGACUACGUUCAUCAGAAGACGGAUGUUAGAGAAAUUCUCACAUCUCUACAGGUACUUCGAAAGAGGAUUCAUGAAUUCACAGACGAUGUCUGCUCCUUAGAAAUCGGCAGAUUCAGUCGAACUUCAUCUCCAGAUACACCCAGAACUGGUUAA